CUCAGACGAACUCGUCGCAGCAGGCGGCCAAUCCAGUCCAAUGAGUAUGGAAGCCCCGAGUGCACUGACCGCCAGGCCAGCGUUCGCCGACCAACUGCCAGAGCAUGUGGCAUUGACCACCACCUGGCCCCCACCCCGCACCCCGCCCUCCUCCUCUCCGUCGCAGUCGUCGGCCGCCGCCGCCUUCCUUCCUCUCCUGCCACUCCUCGCCGCGUGCGGAGGCUGCGUCCCCCCUCGCCAAGAAGUCGAACCUCCUGCACUUCUUCGCGGCCUCGGUGAUGCGCGUGCGGCCGGACUUCGACGAGCGGUUGGAGACAGAGUUAAACGGCCUAGACGGCUUGACGGCCAGCGCACCAUGGUCUGUGUUCGCCGACGGCCUGGCGCAGCUCAAGAGCGACGCCGCGUUCGCCGCCCGCGCCGCCGCCGAGCUCGCCGCCCUCGGGCCGCCGGGCUCCCCGCUCGGCGCCCGCGCGGAGCAGCUGGGGGCGCUGGCGGAGACGCGCCCCCCAGCAGCGCACGCGAGGCCAACGAGAGGGCGACGGCGGAGCUCGACAAAUUGGCGAGGUACUUCGGGGUCAGGGGGCAGAAGGCGGUGGAGGAGCCGCCCGGGGUGGCCGUGCUGCGGCACCUCGAGGGCCUGCUCCAGGGCUUCCGCGCGGCGUGCGCCGAGGUUCACGAGAUGCAGCAGAGCGCCCAGGGCCUCGCGUUCGAGCGCAGGUCGCUCGUCCGCCACACGAAGAGCAUGCCCGCGGCCCUACUCGAGAGCGCCGCGGCGCUCCUGGGCGGCGGCAAGAGCGGCGAGGCCCAGCCAGGCGGCCGCGGCGGCCGCGGCCUGUUUGCCGACAGGAGGCCCAGCUGCAGGUGAGCUCCGCCCAGCGGGGCGUCCCGCGGAGCUGGCCGGCCGGCGCGGGGCAGCGCGCGGGGCACGGCGUCGUUCCAGAGCUCUCGGGGGCGCUUGGAGGGCCACCGUCGGCAG